AUGUCAUCCAUAUUUUCGUACGUCUUCUGCUUCGACGUUUUGUACUGCACCCUAACGCCCAACUCUGCGAAAUGCAAGGAAAACGAAGUAUUUAACGAGUGCGGGAGCGCUUGUGAGCCGACAUGUGAAUCGAUAAAGAGCAACUUGCCGGUUGCAUGUCCCCUUAUAUGCAUCGCUAAGUGUGUUUGCAAAGAAGGCUUCGUUCUAAAUAGCAAGGGAGAAUGCAUCCCAACUUGCAAUUUCGAUGAAAGGCUAAAUUUUAACGCUGUAACGAUUUGCUUCAUACGUCACAGGAAAACUACAAUGAAACAAGAGGGCAGACGAGAUAUUUGA